AUGUCACCAGCAAAGACUGUUGUCCUGAGCAAGAAUGCUCCAGCUCCAAGCCCACUCAUGUCACAAGCAAUCAUCUCAAAUGGGGUGAUUUAUACCUCAGGCAGCCUUGGUAUCGAUCCGAAGACUGGCAAGUUUGUCGAAGGCGAUGCUGCUGAUAGAACGGUCCAAGCCUUGCGAAACAUCGAACAGAUCUUGAUCGCCGCUGGAAGUAAUCUAGGAAAUGCUCUCAAAGUUACCAUCUUCCUUUCUAGUAUGGAAUAUUAUGCGCAAAUGAAUGAAGGGUAUGAAAGAAUCUUCGGUGAUUUGAUCAAGCCAUGCCGAACAUGUGUCGCUGUCGCGAAGCUUCCUUUGGAUGCGGAGGUUGAAAUCGAAUUGGUUGCGUCCGUCUAA